AUUUUGAAUUCCCAAAUAACAGAUACUGGCAGGUAUGUCUGCGUUGUGGAAAACAUAGCUGGAAGUGCCAAGAAGUAUUUUAACCUAAAUGUUUACGUUCCUCCAAGUGUUGUUGGUACUAAUCCUGAGAAUUUGACUGUGGUGGUGAAUAAUUUCAUCUCUCUGACUUGUGAGGUCACUGGCUUUCCACCUCCUGAUCUCACCUGGCUCAAGAAUGGGGAACCGAUCAGUUCAAAUACCAACACUCUUCUUGUGCCUGUGCCCCCAAGCAUCAAAGACCAUAGUGGAACCUCACUGACAGUGCUGAACGUAAGAGUGGGAACCCCAGUGAUGUUGGAGUGUGAGUCCAAUGCUAUUCCACCACCAGUCAUCACCUGGUACAAGAACAGGCGCAUAAUUUCAGAGUCUGCAAAUGUGGAGAUCUUAGCAGAUGGGCAAACAUUACGAAUCAAGGGUGCAGAGGUUUCUGACACAGGCCAAUAUGUGUGCAAAGCCAUAAAUAUUGCAGGGCGAGAUGAUAAAAAUUUCCAUCUUAAUGUUUAUGUGCCACCAAAUAUAGAAGGACCUGAACGAGAGUUGGUCAAUGAAGCUAUCAGUAAUCCUGUUAGCUUUGUGUGUGAUGCUACUGGAAUUCCUCCACCAACAUUAGUGUGGCUUAAGAAUGGAAAACCAAUAGAAAGCUCUGACUCUCUCGAAGUUCAUAUUUUAUCUGGUGGAAGCAAGCUUCAAAUUGCUCGCUCUCAGCUUCUAGACAGUGGAACCUACACGUGUAUUGCCUCAAAUAUAGAGGGAAGAGCUCAGAAAACUUUUGUGCUUUCCAUUCAAGUUCCUCCUAACAUUGUUGGCUCUGAAACGCCUGGUGAGGUCAGUGUCCUCCUGGGAGAACCCAUCCAGCUUGUCUGCAAUGCCAAUGGAGUGCCUGCGCCUGUUCUGCAAUGGCUUAAAGAUGGAAAAACAGUUGCUAGUGAUGAUUUACAAAGAAUAAGAGUAACUCCAGAUGGCAGCACAUUAAACAUUUUCAGAGCUCUCAGUUCUGAUACAGGAAAAUACACUUGUGUGGCUACUAAUCCUGCAGGAGAGGAAGACCGAAUUUUCAACUUGAAUGUAUAUGUUCCUCCAGCAAUCGCCAAUAAUAAAGAUGAACCAGAGGACCUCACUGCCCUUUUGGACACCUCCCUAAAUAUUGAAUGUACUGCUACUGGAACCCCACCACCACAGAUUAACUGGCUAAAGAAUGGCCUUCCUCUGUCUGUCUCCUCCCAAAUCAGGUUGAUGUCAGCUGGGCAAAUUCUCAGAUUUGCCCGACUACAGAAAUCUGAUACUGGUGCAUACACUUGUGUAGCAUCUAACAGAGCUGGAGUGGACAACAAACAUUACAACCUUCAAGUUUUUGUACUACCAAGCUUGGAUAACGCAGGAGGAACAGAGGAAGUGACUGUAGUAAAAGGCAGUUCAGCUUUGAUGAAGUGUCUUACUGAUGGCACUCCUGCUCCUACUAUGUCCUGGUUUAUGAAUGGACGUCCUUUAAGCCUCGGAGCUCACCUGACAUCAAGUAACCAAGGAAUGGUCCUUAAUUUUGUAAAAGUAGAGACUGGUGACACAGGCAAAUACACUUGUGUAGCAUCCAAUGAGGCUGGAGAUACCAGCAAACAUUUUUCUCUGAAAGUGCUGGAGCCGCCUCACAUCAAUGGCUCAGAUGAACCAGAAGAGCUCUCUGUCAUCGUUAACAACCCUCUUGAACUUCUCUGUAUCUCUUCUGGCAUUCCGGUCCCCAAAAUUUCAUGGAUGAAGGAUGGGCGCCCGCUUCUGCUGAAUGAUAAUGUUCAUGUCUUAAGAGAUGUCCUUCGAAUAACCAGUGCUCAGGUUGAAGACACGGGAAGAUACACGUGUUUAGCAUCUAGCCCAGCAGGAGAUGACGAUAAGGAAUAUUUAGUAAGAGUACAUGUUCCUCCUAAUAUUGCUGGUACCAGUGGUCCACAGGACCUCACCGUGUUGCAGAACAGACAAGUUAUACUGGAAUGCAAGUCGGAUGCUGUGCCACCUCCGACAAUCUCAUGGCUUAAAAAUGGAGAACUUUUAGAGGGGGAUCCCUUGCUCCUCCUGGAUCCUCUGAACAAUGCUAGAAGCCUUCGGUAUACUCCUGAAUGGCUUCCCAGGAAAGAUGUAAACAACGUUAAGCCAGGAACUCCUCGAGUUCGAAUCCUAUCCAAUGGGCGAUACCUACAGAUCAAUAACGCUGACCUCAGCGAUACAGCAAGCUAUACGUGUGUGGCAAGUAAUAUCGCAGGAAAAGUGACCAGGGAGUUCGUGCUGACAGUACAUGUGGCUCCUACAAUCCAAAGCAGUCCUCAGUCUGCUGUUGUGCAUAUAAAUGCUUCUGCUAUUCUGGAGUGUGCUGCAGAAGGAGUACCAACCCCAAGAAUUACAUGGAGGAAGGAUGGGGCUAUUUUAACUGUAAACAAUACAAGAUAUUCCAUGUUAGAGGAUGGAUCUCUACACAUCCGCUCAGCACAUGUUACUGACACAGGAAGAUAUGUGUGUAUGGCAGCCAAUACAGCUGGCACUGAACGCAAACGAAUUGAUCUGCAAGUUCUUG